GUUACCAGCAUUCGACAUGGCACCUUGUGUUUUUGCUGAAAAUCUCCUCAUACCUGUAAUGUCAAAGCCGUAAAAAAAAUUGGAAGUUGAAAAGAAAAAAAAAACUAUACGUGAUAAAAUCUUUGGAGCCAACAAGGUUGAAUAUGAGUACUACUAGGAUGGACAAUAACAAUGAUCAGUGUAGGGGAAGAAAGAUUUUUGUUGGUGGCUUAUCGGCUGAACUAACUGAGGAGGAGUUCAGAAGUUACUUUGAAAAUUUUGGUCAGAUAACUGAUGUAGUUGUGAUGCAUGAUAGUGUAACCAAUCGCCCUAGAGGAUUUGGAUUUGUCACAUUUGAAUCUUUAGAAUCUGUUGACUCAGUUCUGCAAAGGAACUUUCAUGAACUGAAUGGGAGGCGUGUGGAGGUGAAGAGAGCUAUCCCAAAAAAGGGCAACUACAAUGGUGUUCAUAUUCCCAAUGCUAGAGCAGCAAAAAGUCCACUUCUUAAUGGUAAUAGGAAUGUUCCUUUCCCUUACCCUUAUUAUGGUUCGGGUUAUCCAAUUUAUCCCGGUUUUACACAUUUUCCACAUUAUGGAGCAGCAGUUGAUUCGUAUGGUUCUAACUUCUAUGGGAAUUGGUUUCCCCCUGGUUCUGCUAACAUAGCUUCAGAUGGAUGGUGGCAUGGACCUAAUUUUUUUAGUGUUGGGAUGUUACCUCCACUUUGUAGAAAUUCUUUAAUGCAUCCAAGCAAGGGGAUCUAUAUAGGGAGCAGAAAUGGAAUGGCUAAUACCAGAAACGGGGAGAUAAAGCAGAACACGGCCGGAAAACGAAUUAUGUCGGCUGAUGCAGCUCCAUUUCAGAUCAAAGACAGAACUUCUUGAAGAUAUUUUAACUUAAAUAUUUGUUAUUGGAUUUGCAUCUUACGUAAUGGCAUUUGAUUUGUAAAUUCUGUUGGGAUAGAUCUAUGUCUCUCAUUCUUAGAAUUCUUGGGAUAUAAUUGUUCUGUGAAUAAAUCUCUCCUUUGGGGUAUGACAAUGCUUGUGAAUAAUUUUUGUGGACCAAGACAAUGAUUAUGAUUAAUUGCUUAUGGUGCACUGAAAUAUUGAAGGGCAUCUAGGUCAUGACUCUCCUAAGAAUAUAACAAUGAGUUAAUACUAUUCCAAAACAAUUUUAUGUUAA